AUGUUCAAAGCCAUUCGUAAUUACUUUAAUUACAACGACUUGAUCGAUAUCAAUAUCAAUGAAAGGUUAAAAUACAUUCACAAUGAAAACGGAACUGAAGAACUCAAUCUUCGUAUUUCCAACAUGCUGACCGACAAGUACGAAGAUAAAGUUCUCAUCUUCAACUUUACAUCCAAACCGUUUCCUUCCGUAGCGACACGUCCUUGCAUUGAUAUUGGUUCUACACCAGUCAUUAGUGAACACUUUGAACAAAUUCCAAUCCUUCUUUCUCUUUCUCACAUGAUGGAUAAUUAUCUCCUAAAUUAUUCAUCUUCCAAAGAUUAUUAUGUGGUUUUUGUAGCCUCCAUUCAAACAGUUUGUUAUGCCUUGUUAUUAGCCUCUGUGUUUGUUUCCUAUACCGAUUCCAAAAUGUAUAUGGAUAUGUAUGGAAUUGAACAAUCAAGUCUUAAAUCUCAUCAUCCCGAACGAGUCAUGAAUGCUGCAGCAACAACAACGGUAUUGGAUGGAAGCACUAUACCUUCUGCACAUUCUUCUCCUAAUCUUUCUCAUCCUCCUCCUCCUCCGAACAACGGUUUGCAUCACUUGAAUCAUCGUCGUUCAUUAUCCACACCGGACGAAUAUGUCUUGAUCCAACCGCAUCAUCAUCAUCUUCAGGAUGGAGGAGGUAGUCAUAAUGGAGAUGAUCCGAGUAGUGGUGAUGCUGGUGGUGGUGAAACUGUUGUCACUGCCACUGCUGUCAUCUCUACCGUCGACGGAUUGAACUCACCCCAAAAACUGAUUCGAGAAAGUAGUAGUAGCACUACUUUGGAAGGAAUGGUGGAUGCCAAUCAGGCACUCGCUGCUGCAGAGACCAAUUCGACCUGUGAGAGUGAUCGAACGAGCACGACGGUCACUACCAGCACCACUACCACCACGACGAAUUACAGUACUCGAAUUUUGAAUACUCUUCAAAUUCUACAACAUGCGAGAGAGACAGUCUAUCCUCGAUUGGAGAAGAAAUUGAAUGCAAAAUCAUUGAACAAGCUCAAGAAUUUGGAACCUUCUGUGAGUCGAUAUGCAAAUUUGUUUUUGAUUACCUUGCAACGACCACUUUCUUUGAUGAUGAUUCAGGAUCAUCCUCAUCUCUCCAUGUCGACUCAAAUUCGACCAACUUACUUUAAACCAUCAUGUUUUCGAUUGCAAUGCAUUUCAAUGAAUAGUUCGAGACUUUGUGUGAAAUACUCAAAUAAUGGAAUGAUUAGUUCGUUUUUAGAUCAAAGUAAUUCAAAGAUUGAGAAUCGAAGACAUACCAUGUCUGCUAGAAAUUUAAAACGUGAGGAAUGGGUCUCUGUGAACCAAGGCAAUUCUACAGAUGACGAUAACAUUCCUGACAGUCUAGUUGCUUUUCAAUAUCGAAAAUUGUACUUUGUCGUUCGAAAACAAACAGACAUUUUGUUUUCAACUUUCACAACUGCUUCUACAAAUAAUGCUCCAACCGUUGAGAGAAGAAAGACAAUUCUCUCUUCACAUGAUCCAGAGGAGAGACCUUCCACUCGUGUAGAAACAUGGUUCCACUAUAAUUUACCAUUCAAUGAAAGCAAACCAUUAAUGGGAGAUUUUAUUUUGCUUGCAUUCACAAUGGCUGAUGAUGGUAAUAUUAUUUCAUUGUUUAGAUUUACUUUCAAUACCAUGUUUUUGACAAGCACAGUGGUUGUUGUUGACAAGAGUGAACUCGAUUGGGCUCACAACUCUCCUGCAUUUUCAUCCAAUUUCAAAUUAGAGUUGAAUUUCUCUGAAAUUGAUUGCAGCAAUGACAAAGAAGCUGAAGAACUUGCCACUUCCUAUUGGACUGAAUUAAUUUGUGCUCUCGAUAAAUGUCCACAUUUCCUUUCGAGAACUGCAGAGCUUGACAAUGCAAGACAACUCUUGACCACAAAACCCUAUCUCAUUGAUAAUUUUUCAAAUACCAUCAUGAUGGGAGAAAGCAUGUUCACUCAGGCAGGAAGUAGCAACAAUAGUCAAAUCAAUUCACCUUCUGUAAAUAGUAAUUCUUUGAGAGAAAAUCCAUCUCCUCAACUCAACAACCAAGGUUCACAAGAUUCACCCCUCAUUCUUGGAUCCAUUCCACCACCACCUCCUGAAUUGGCAGUGAUUCCUCCACCACCACCUCCUAUGACCAACGGUGGAGAAGGUUUGGUUCCUCCUCCUCCACCUUCUGGUUUUGUUCUUUCCACAUCCAAGAAGAAAUACAAGACAGUUGAAGUUGAACAAGUGAGCAAAACCAAACAAUUGCAUUGGAAACCAAUUAAGAAAGUGAGUUCAUCAACUUCUGUUUGGAGUCAAAUUGAUGAGGUUGAUGAAUCAUUGAUUGAUCUUGAAAAGAUUGAAAUGUUGUUUGCAAAACAAUCCAAGAAUGAUGAAGAAGAAAUGUCGUCAAAUUCUCCAAGAUUGUCUUCCUCUUCAACAAUACCUUCUCCAAGAACAAAGGUAUCACCAAGACAACAACAAAAGUCACUUGCCACAGAAGGUAUUAUUGAUGCCAAGUCUGCUAGAAAUAUUGAAAUUAUUAUUAACAGUCAAUUUAAGCAAGCGAGUAUCGAACAAGUGGUUGAAGCAAUUAAUAAUCUCAAUGUCACUGCACUCACUGCACAACAAGUUGAAAAUAUGGAACAAUUUGUUUCCACGAGCGGUGACUUGUUUAACAUGAAAGCCAAGCUUAAAGGAAUUGAUCGUGAAGAGUUACCAAAAACAGAUACAUUCUUCUUGGAUGUCUUGUCUGUUGAAGAAGUUAGUACAAAACUCAAAUUGAUGAAAUACAUGUUGAACUAUCCAAAUCUUCAAAAAGAUCUUACCGAUAAGAUUGAAAAGAAGAGAGCUGCGAUCAAGUGCAUGAUGAGUUGUGCUUCUUUCACAAAGGUUCUUUCAUAUAUUCAUGCUAUUGGUUCAUUCAUGAAUAGAGGUAAAAAGAGAUUAGAAGGAGAAGGGUUCGAUUUAAGAAUUUUACCCAAGCUUUCUGAUACUCGUUCAUCGAUUGAUAAGAGUAUGAAUUUGAUUACAUAUCUUGUCAAAGUUCUUGAAAAAGAUACCACUGGAAGUAUUAACUUUGAUCAAGAAUUGAUGGAUGCUGGAGUUUGCUCUCAUGGUGUCACUGUGACAUUGGCCAAUGUUGCUCAACUAUUGAACGAAAUUCAACAACAAUACAAAUUUAUCGAAAAGGCAGCCGAUGACAUGAAUAAGGAGAAAUGCACAGAGGAUUACAAAACUAAUUUAACCACUUUCUUCAAAACUUGUCAAGAGGAAUAUCCUAAAAUGAUGGAGGCCUAUGAAUCUUUACAAAAAGAAGCUACAAGUUGCUAUGAAUUCUAUCAUUUUGAAUUUUCAGAAGAUGGUUCAGAUCGAAAAUUUGUUGAAGAUGAAUUCUUUUCAAUUAUUGCCGAGUUUGUCGAUAAGUAUCGAAAAGCAAAGGAGGCUGUGAUCAAGUCACCAAGAGGCGCUUCUCCAGGUAUGAAAAAGAGAACUCAGUCCUUGAUGAGACUUGACUUGAAUAGACUUGAUAGAAGAUAA